UUGAAAGAAUGUGUGAACGAAGAAAAUGUGAUUAACGAGAUCCUACACGAAUAUCCUUAAUUGAAUGAGCGCCACACAAAAAUACACAAGACUAUGCUCGAAAUAAUAGUCAACGAAGAAAUUUGACAAGCAAAUCGGAAAACGAUUGUCACCGCAAUUGAGACAUUAUCAGACUUCGAGUUUGAUAUUAUCAUAAAAGUCAAUGAUGUACUAUUGAUUUAAACGGGGAAAAUCAUGGAAGACACAGCGACGAUCGUGCUUGAUUCCACGGUGAGAAGUCAAAAUUCGAGUCACUCGAAGGAAUCGAAGGACUCGGUGAAUUCAGAAUUAAAGCCGGAAAGUUAUCUAGAAUCAAAACACUCGAAAGAUGUCCUUAUACCGGAAAAGCAACAGCAGCAGCAUCAGCUAUCAAGACGCGCCGAGGAUCAGCAAGAUCUACGAGCAGCUUCCGAAGCUAAGGACGAUUCUAAUCUGCUCAUGUUCACGUCCUGCGGGCAAUUGCUGCUUGGUAUUGUCUUGGUCGUCUUUGGUAUCCUGGUGCUCGUCCACGGUGCUUCUUUAGGUGGAUCUGGCGCAGGACUCUGGGCAGGUGCAGCCGCUCUAGUUGCCGGUGCACUAGGAGUGGUCGCAACACUAGCAGCCUCGUCCACCAAAACAAAUUCGGCUUUCUCGUCCGCUCAUCUUGCGUCCAGUUUAAUCGCUCUGGCCCUCUCGAAUAUGGCCACUAUAACGGCAUUAACGGCGGUCGUCAGAGAUUCACAAAGGGCACCGGACAUAUCAUUUCUCAGUCUUUCCGGUGAUGACAGCGAUGUGAUGGAAGUAGAUAACGGCUUGGCGGGUUUGCUAGCGAGCAUUGGCCUAUUGGUCGCUAGUGUGGCAGAGCUAUUAGUAUCCGGUUAUAGCUGCCUGACCUUGACACCGAAGCUAUGUGGCUGCCUGCGGGCGAGCACCGCCGACGAUAUGAUGGUCGACGGUCAUCUGAAGACGCGCAAUAUGGUUCACCAGUGGGUCGUCACGCAAAAUCAUAUGCCGGCCAAAAGUCAACAGCCACCUGUCUACGUGGUGCACUCGGUGCCAGUGCCAAUGCAUCCGAUGAUUCAGCCACCAUACGGAAUGCCAUCGACGCCCGGAGGAUUUGUACCUAGAUCUCUUCCGAUUUCGACAGCGAUGCCAUAUGGUGCUGUGCCCAUGUUGUCCCAUAUACCUCCAUACGCUGGACGACCGCAAUCUCAAAUGUUCCGAUCAAAGCACAAACGUCAGCCGUUCGCAGAUCAAGAGGAAUCAAAAAGGCAUUUUGAAGUUAAAAACGAAUCUCCAAGGAUGAUGUCACCGACCUGCGAAGAUCAAGUUGAUCUGGCGCAGACUUACACGGGCUUGGACAAGAGAAUUUCCGAAGAAUUUAUUUCGAUCGCAAUGGAUCCAGACAGAAAGUCGAAGGUUUCCAGCCAUCACGGCAGUGAAAUUGGAACAACUUUUUAAUAAUUUUUACUAACAGUAAUUGAAGAAUUUGAUACAAAA